AUGGCUCAACCGCCCUCCACUGCUCCCCUCGAGGCCACGCCGUAUGGCCAGAAGUCAAACCCCCGGCUACGAAAGCUUGCAAAGAAGCCGCUCAAGCCGCUCAAGCUUGCCGCCAGUGCAUAUCACUCGGUGCGAUCAGGCUUGGCCACCCCGAACAGUGGGCAGUCGGCCGUCGGCCUCGAGGACGAGCUGGCAGGUUUGAACGUCAGCGACGGCAGUACCAAGGUGAACCGCAGUGUCACCUCAACCUCAGCCUCUAGCAACGGUACUGGGGGUCUCGACCCUCAGAUCUCCAUCAACGACAAGAACUGGCGCGGCCGGAAGAAGGACAAUAUGCUUGUGGACCCUGUCAUGAUCGCGCAAGCCGCGAAGGGCCCUCGCAAGCCUCUCGACGGGGAAGAGCCGGCUGCCUGGCUCCGUGUCCGCGUAGUCAGUGCCGACGGCCUCGUGGCCAAGGAUCGCAACGGCCUGAGCGAUCCCUUCGUCACCCUCCUCGUUCCUCCGGGCUCGCGCCACACGACGCCAGUCGUGAAGCGUUCCCUCGACCCUGUGUUCCCGGCAGCGCAGAGCACCUUCGACUUCCCCAUCUACCUGUCGCUCGCCGCAGUCAUCGGGGGGCGUGGCCUCGAGGGCGUUGUCUGGGACAAGGAUUUGGUGCGAAAGGAGUACAUGGGCGAGCUGUGCGUGCCCGUCGAUCACUGGUUCCCUUCAGCACAGCCCCGUCUUUGGCACGAGCAGCUGCCCGUCCAGUCCUUUGAGCUCUUCUCAUCGCGUCGCAAGCACAGGGUUUCCGGCAAUGUGCAGCUCCAGAUCGGCUUCCUCCCCGGUCCGGCAGAGGACACGCAGGAUGCGCUGCGCAAGGUCCAGGGCGUUUACGAGACCAUCCUUGCGCGAACGCUCGUCGGCGGCCAGUUCGGUGUUCUUGGUGUGCCUGCGCACGAGGGCAUCGGCACCGUCCAGCUCACUCGCUCCCAGACGGACGGGGAUGACUUCCUGGACACCUCCACCGGCAUGAGCGUCAUUACUACUGCCGUGAUGGCCCCUAGCGUGGGUGCUCAGCAAUCGUACUCCCGCCAGUACAGCUACGACCUUCCGGACGACGGCCUCUCCAGCUCUGACGAAGACGGCGACAUGGAGGAUGCCCUUGAGGGCGACGAUGACGGGUGGCUGCGCGACGGACUUCCAACUGACUCACCUGAAGCGGACGGUGUCCCGCAGAGUGAGCCCCUAUCCCUUCCGCCCAUCAUGCCUGGGGUCGAUGACCUUGGCAGCCGCCGAUCGAGCGCAGCUUCGUUACAGUCUGUUGCCGAGGCAGCCCCGCCAAGCGGCAAAUCGCGCAAGAUCUUCCGCCGGUCGCGCCUCGGACGCAAGAAGGGCAAAUCAAAGGACUACAACUUCGGCCACGACCACAACAUUCUUGGCAUCGUCGUCAUGGAGGUCCAGAGUGCUUCUGACCUCCCUCGUCUGAAAAAUGCCCUCCGCGUCGGAUGGGACAUGGAUCCCUUCGUGGUAAUCUCUUUCGGCAAGAAGGUCUUCCGAACCCGUGUCAUCCGGCACUCCCUCAAUCCUAACUGGGACGAGAAGCUGCUGUUCCACGUCCACGAGCACGAGGAGAACUUCACCAUCCAGAUGACCCUACUGGACUGGGACAAGAUUUCCGGGAACGACCACAUCGGAUCAGCGACGCUGCCGCUCGCUGAGCUCAUUGCCGACGCCCCGAGCCCGGACCCGGUUACUGGACUGUAUGGGGAAGGUGUCGAUGGCAAGCACGAAUCCCGAGAGUUCACUCUGCCCAUCGUGACUAACAAAUCGGUGGCAUGGGAGCUCAAGCACAAGCCCGCCUUGACUGUUCGCGCGAAGUACGAACCGUACGGUGCUCUGCGCCAGCGCUUCUGGCGCCAGUACGCUAUGCAGUACGACGCGGACGACACGGGCAGCAUGUCUUGGGUCGAGAUGACUUCCAUGCUCGACUCGCUCGGUUCCACCCUCACUCCCCAGACGCUGGAGAGCUACUUCACCCGCUUCGGCAAGUCGCCGGAGAAGGACGAGCUCACUUUCGAUGAGGUCGUGCAGAGCCUGGAGGACGAGGUCACCAAGUCGAGCUCGGCGAAGCGUACCAUCGGCAAGCCGAAUGCAUCCGUCGAGGUCGACGCCCAUGACCUCGACGCUAGACUGAAAUCGAUGCCUCAAAGCACUCCCGGCAGUGCUACUCCGUCCGUUCACCACUCUCAGGGCACCGCACCUCCCUCCACCUACAACUCCCACAGCCGACACAUUUCCACUGCUUCCAACACGAAUAUCCCCUAUCUUAAUGUCGAGAACACCGAUGACAGCUCCAGUCCCCAGGGCACGACGGAGGCGGGCUCCCCCAUGGCGUCUGACGCCGACGAAAACUCGGACCCCGCCAACGACUACGUCGAGCGCAUCAUCAACAUCAAGGAGUGCCCGCUCUGCCACCGCCCCCGUCUCAGCAAGCGUAGCGAGCAGGACAUGAUCACCCACUUAGCUGUGUGUGCAUCGAGCGACUGGUCCCGCAUCGACCGCAUCAUGACCUCGACUUAUGUCACUUCGUCGCAGGCGCAGCGCAAGAAGCUGACCAAGCUUCUGAACAAGGUCACUGCUGGCUCGUACUCUCUCGGAGCCAACUCGGCGAACAUCCUCGUCCAGGAUCGCAUGACUGGUCAACUGCAGGAGGAGAAGAUGGCAGUCUACGUCCGAACCGGUAUCCGUGUCCUGUACAAGGGACCGCGCACUGGUAUUGCCGGAGCUCGCGCCCGCAGGAUGCUCAAGUCGUUGUCGAUCAAGCAAGGCAUCAGGUACGACUCACCCCAGUCGGCUGCCGACAUUCCGGGCUUCAUCGCCUUCCACCGGCUGAACACGGACGAGAUCCGCGACCCGCUGGACUCGUUCAAAACGUUCAAUGAGUUCUUCUACCGCAAGCUGAAGGAGGACGCGCGACCGGUCGAGGACCCGGGCAACCCGGACCGCCUCGUCUCCAUGGCUGACUGCCGCAUGAUGGCUUUCAACACUGUUUCCGAGGCUCAGCAGAUCUGGAUCAAGGGCCGUGACUUUACCAUUGCCAAGAUGCUUGGGUCUGCCUACCAUGAGCAGUGGCAGAACUACGUCGGCGGCUCGCUCUGCAUCUUCCGCCUUGCUCCGCAGGACUACCACCGCUUCCACUCGCCCGUUGAUGGCAAGAUUGGCAAGAUCACGAAGAUCGAGGGAGAGUACUACACCGUGAACCCGCAGGCCAUUCUUACGCAGCUCGACGUCUACGGUGACAACGUCCGUCAGAUUGUUCCCAUCGAGAGCCCGCAGUUCGGCACGGUGAUGACGGUCUGGGUCGGCGCCAUGAUGGUCGGCUCCAUCGUCGACUCGGUCGUGGAGGGCCAGGAGGUCAAGCGCGGCGAUGAGCUCGGUUACUUCAAGUUUGGUGGAAGCACCAUCGUCUGCGUCUUCGAGCCGGGACGAGUAGUCUGGGACCAGGAUCUUCAGGACAACGCUGCCGCCGCGCUCGAGACACUCGUCCGCGUCGGCAUGGGCAUCGGCCGCACCCCGGAGAUGGCCAGGGCGUAG